ACGUAUGCUAUGGCAGUGAUCGGAACAGUCUUCAACACGGCCUGGAAUCACAUCUGCUUGGCAGGGUUGCAGCCAUUGCGUUAGUGUCUAAGAUGGCGUACUUAGGUUGACGUCCAUAUCCGACAAGCUGCCCUACUACAUCUUUACAUUGACCAGCUACGUAUGACAUACUAUCCUACUCAUCCCCGUACUCCCUGUAUGAUACCCUAGCAUUGCAACGCAGCUGUACGAUUUCGACCUCCCUUGCCGACAAGCCAAGUGGCGAACCAACUCGGACCUAUCCCUACUCCCACUGACUACUUUGUCGUACGACAAUGGUUUCCUGGCCAAACGAUGUUGGAUUUGAUACAGCCUACGAAGAGCGCGAGCCAAUCACACUAGAAGUCAAGGGUAACAUUCCGCGUUACGCCGGUGGCGUCUUGUACCGAACAGGGCCGCUGGGCUACAAAGCGAAAUCCAAGACUGGGAAAGAGUUUGCUGCAAAGCACUGGUUCGACGGGUUCUCCUCAGUCCAUCGAUUUCAAAUUGACUUUUCUGACACACCCGGGCCACCGCACAUUACUUACAGAUCUCGACGUACCGUAGACGAGUAUCUUGAACAUGUCCGCCAAACUGGGAAAGGCGAAGGUCUCACAUUUGCUUCGAAACGAGACCCAUGUGAGAGCUAUUUUAAGAAGGUUAUGGCCAUUUUCAUGCCACCGGGGCGCGAUAAUAAGAACGUGGGCGUGACGCUUUCGAUCAAUAUGCCUGGGGGUAACCAGAUCAAGGACUCGGAGAAAAUGUCCAUUAAUGGUCACACCAACGGCGUCCAGACCCUCCAUGCAAAGAGCGACCAUCACAUGGUGAAGAAGAUAGACCCCGAAACUUUAGAACCGCUAGGUGUCGCCGUUCAAGAAUCUUUGCAUCCGGACCUGAAAGGACCCAUUUCCGCUGCUCAUGCCAAAUCUGAUCCCAGGACAGGCGAUAUCUUCAACUUCAACCUCGAAUUUGGCAGGAAGUCUACCUAUCGCAUUUUUAGAACAUCAUCAUCUUCUGGCGAAACAGACAUUCUUGCUACCUUUACGGGCGUACCGACAUACAUCCACUCGCUCUUUCUGACCGAGAACUAUGUAGUCUUGUGCCUUUGGGGCAGCCGUUUUACUUGGGCAGGUACCUCACUUCUAUAUCACCAGAACAUGGUCCAGGCUAUUGCACCUUUCGAUUCUAAAUCCAAGGCAACCUGGUACGUCAUCGAUCGCAAGCAGAAUCGCGGCCUCGUAGCCACAUACGAGAGCUCUCAAUUCUUCGCCUUCCAUUCUGUCAAUGCUUGGGAAGAACCAUCACCCGACGAUUCAUCUCGAACAGACAUCAUCACGGAGCUCGCGGUGUUUGAAAAUACAGACGUUAUCCAUCGCUUCUACUACGACAACCUCCUGUCCUCGAAAUCUAGCACAGACUCGGCAUAUACAGGGACGAAGCGCAGCUCAUGUCUACCCAUGCAUGCCCAGUUCCGACUCCCAGGAAUCACAGCCAACGUCCAUACUUCAACACCGAGAAAGGCAGAGCGACUUUUUCUAGCAGACAAAUCGAUCUCCAUCGAACUUCCCACUAUCAAUCCCUCCUACUUGACUCGCCGGCACAGGUACACAUAUGGCGCCACUGAUCGUUUGAAGUCCUCAUUCAUGGACGGUAUUGCCAAAUUUGACAACACGACACAAACCUCGAUUUUCUGGGAGUGCGAAGGUCAUACACCUGGCGAACCUAUUUUUAUCGCAGACCCGAACGGCAAAGCCGAGGACGACGGCGUACUGUUGACGGUCGUGCUGGAUGGCUUCGUGGAGAGGAGUUACCUUUUAGUCCUCAACGCUAGAGAUCUGAUGGAGUUAGGGCGAGCUGAGGUGCCGGGGCCAGUAGCGUUCGGGUUUCACGGGGCGUUCAAGGCAGACGGGACAAAGUACGCGGGAGAUAUUUGAUAGCCUCAACUGAAGAAGAUUUUGA